AUGGCUGCGCUCACAAUCAAAAAUGAACCCGCUGAAGAGUUGGACAUCGAUUCAAAAAUCAUUGAACUCUGUAGCCAGAAUCCAAAGGGAAUCUCAGAUGAUUUCAUCAAGCAGGCUAUCUCACAAAGCGACAUUCAACAGAGAGUUAGUGCGGUCAACAGAUUGCUGUCCGUGAACAAGAUUGAAAUUCUGCAAAGUGGUGCAAAGCUACUUUAUAGGCUGAAAGAUCCUGAUGCCUUAAGCCAAGUCAAGGGUGCAGAUACAGAAGAGAAAAUUGUGUUUCAAAUCAUCAGGGAUGCUCAGAAUAAAGGAAUAUGGACUCGAGAUAUUCGAAUCAAAAGCAACCUGAAAAACAUUCAAGUCCUGAACAAGAUCUUGAAGAAUUUGGAAAGCAAAAAGAUAAUCAAAGCCGUCAGAUCUGUAAAUGCAUCCAAGAAAAAAGUGUACAUGCUGUACAACCUUCAGCCAGACCAGUCUGUCACUGGAGGGCCCUGGUAUUCUGCUUCUGAAUUUGAGUCAGAGUUUGUGGAAAUCCUCAACGCACAAGCUCAUAAAUUCUUGCAGCAGAGGGCAGUAGAUGCAAACAAAGUGUAUGCUGAUGAUCCUUGGACAAGAUUGCAAGCUUCAUAUGCUUCAGCAGAGGAUGUCCUUAAAUAUAUCACAAACCUGGGUAUUAGUAAGGUGAAUCUAUCAGUAAAAGACAUGGAGUCAAUCCUUGAUACUCUAAUAUUUGAUGGUAAAGCAGAACUGUCAGCAAGAACUACGGGAUCAUCAGGGCUGUCUACUGGAGAAUCUUCAUUAAAAAUAUACAGAGCUGUGAAACCAUUGACGGAGACCUCUGGUUUUGUGAGAACCCCCUGUGGUGUUUGUCCU